AUGGGUAAUUCUGCCACCAACGAAAAGGCGGAUGCCGAUCGAGAGGCUCGCAAGGCUCUAAAGAAGGCUCGCAAGGCCGAGCGCAAGGCCAAUGAAGAAAACUUGGCCAAAGAGGCUUCUGAUGAUGCCAAGAACCCCAUCUCAGGCAAGAAGCAGAAGCAGGAGAAUGACAAGCAGAAGGGCGACAAGGAGCUAGAGAAACAGCUUUUGGAGGUUGAGAAGAAGCGUCUCCAGAAUUUGGCAGAGUCCAACAAGCUUGAAGCCGAGGCCAAGCAGCUUCUGGCGCAAGCUGAAGAUGCCGACAAGCUGGCCAAGCGCGUGGCAAAGGCUCUCAAGAAAAUUACCGAGGAUGGUGGCAGCCAGCUACCUUCCAAGCUCACGCAUGACGACGAUGCCGACGCCUCGGACGAGAAGGACGUUGAUGCCGUCGUGAAAGACGCUGCUAAAUCUACCACGGCUACUGAUAACAGCGGCGAGAAGAAGAAGAAAGAUAAGAAGAAGAAGUCCAAGUCCAAGUCUGAGGAGGGCGAAGCCGUCGAAGAGGUGACCACUACCAAGGCCAAGGCUGACAGCAAGCGGAAGAGAGAGGAGGAUAUUGCUGAGCAGCCAGUCAGCAAGAAAGAUAAAAAGACCAAGGGAGGAGAGAAGGCUUCGCAGGCGUCCACCGAGCAGGUCAAGAUUCAAGGUCUCGAGGGAGGAGCAGCUCGACAGGAUAAGUUCCUUAGACUCCUCGGAGGUAAGAAGGCCGGUGUCAAUGCCACCAAGCCAGGCAGCAUGGCUUCCAACCCGGGCAAAUCGGUCCGCGCCGAGGCAGCCAUCCAGCAGCAGUUCGAGGCUGGCAUGAUGCUCAAGGAGAGUGGCCACAAGCGCCGCGGCUUGGGUGCGUAG